AUGACCGCAUGCUCUGUCAUUAAAGUCAGUCGUGAAAAUUCGUCCAAAGGUCUUGAUUCACAUUUCUCAAAGCUAUAUCGCACUGGGUCGGAUGGACGUAAGACGACUACAGACGUUGCUAUCCCGCGUUCUAGCAAAUGCGUUAAAAAUUCACGAAGUUCAGCCAAGUAUCCUGAUCUAUCCAAACAGACCGUGAAGGCGUGCGAACCUCAAAGCACUAAUUUAUUCCCCUAUGUUAAAAAUGAUGGAGCGCACGAUGCGUGCUCUGAGAAACUUAGUGCUGAGGAACGGUUAUCGGUAUUUGAACGUUAUGGAUUCAUCAGCACACAAUCAAAAUCAGUGCGCCCUCUUCCAACG